GCAUGAGUCACAGUAAACACUGUUUUACAGGAAGAGCAGACAGAAACGAUCCACUCUGCCUUCAGGCAAAGCUUCAACCAUUUAGAGAGAAUGGAGAACUCCGAGGAGCAUUACUACGAUUACCCUGAGUAUGAAAACAGCAGCUCUAACUUUAGCUAUGAUGACUAUCAGACCAUCUGCGAGAAAGGCGACGUUCGCUCCUUUGCAAGAAUCUUCCUCCCAGCUGUUUGCUUAUCUCUAGUGAUUGGUUUAGCAGGCAACGCUCUGAUUGUGGCAGUGUAUGCAUACUGCAAGCAACUGAAAACAAUGACUGACACAUUUAUAAUCCACCUGGCAGUCGCAGACCUUCUCUUGCUCCUAACGUUGCCCUUUUGGGCAGCCGAUGCAGUCCAUGGCUGGCAGCUCGGGAUAACCAUCUGUAAACUCGUUUCUGGUCUGUACACCAUCAACUUCACCUGUAGCAUGAUGCUUUUGGCCUACAUCAGCAUGGAUCGGUAUUUGGCGUUGUCAGUGGGAUCCAGAAACCAAGGCCUUGGACGUGUUUUUCAAAAGAAGCAUUGUGGAAAACUCUGUGUGGUGGUUUGGAUGGUUGCGUUUCUUCUCGGCAUCCCUGAUUUAGUGUUUUCAACCGUCAGAGAACUCCCUCAUAAAAAAAGCUGCCUUGCGAUGUAUCCGUCAGACAUGGCGCUCAGGGCUAAAGCUAGUUUGGAAGUGGUGGAGGUAGUGAUUGGUUUUCUGCUACCUUUAUUAGUGAUGUUGUUCUGCUACACCUGCGUAGGCCGAGCCCUGCUGAAGCUCCCAGAGGAUAAAAAGUGGAAGAAGUGGCGGUACAUGCGUGUUUUGCUGGCGAUGGUGGGAGUUUUCCUGGUCACCCAGUUGCCCUACAAUGUGGUCAAGUUCUGUCGGGCAUUAGAUAUCAUGUAUACGUUUGUCACUCACUGUGGGGUUAGUAAAAAGCUGGAUUGGGCUACUCAGAUCACAGAGAGCUUGGCACUAACGCAUUGCUGUCUAAAUCCUGUUGUGUAUACUUUCGUUGGUUCCUCCUUCAGACAGCAUGUUUUGAAGUGUGCCAAAGACUUUGGAGACAGAGGAAGGAGGUUGGCACAUGCGAGGGAGCAACAGGAAGUCAAUAUUUCAUUGAAUUCUCAUUCGCACUCCCGAGACACCAGCACUUUCUCCAUUUGAGCAUUGGGAAUGAAGAGUUGUAGAUGUUUACCAGACUGUGGAGGAUUUGCAUCAUCUGCAGCUUUGGAAAUGUGUACACAAAGUGACAGAACGGAGCUUUGUUUCGGAGCAUUUGACCAGAAGAAUAAAUUCUUAAGUAAAUGCAGAGACGCAAGAUGUCAACAUUCGAGUUGGUAUCGAAAAGAACAACAAACAAAGACCAAGCUUUGCGGAGUGAUAUGAGAGACAUGGACUUGUGUGAAUUGAUGGUUUACUCAAGUCAUAGCAUGCUGGGGUAGACAUAUAAGACACCAUGUUUUUUUGGACUGCAUGCCACAAUGGUAUACUGGCAUGGGCAUACGCAAAUGUCCGAUUUUUUUGUCUUUCAUGAAAAUUGAUAUGAUAUGGAAGGCAAUCAGUGCCAGAAAUAUUUUUUUAAAUUAUUAUUAUUUUGUGAGGGUUUCUUACCUUUUUAUUAGACAGAACAGUAUAGAUAGAAAAGUGUGGAAGGCAGAGAGAGGGGAAGGAUAGGCAAAGGACCUCAAGCCGGGAAUCGAACUUGGCUCACCGUGAGAGCACCUCAGUGCUACAUGUCACCAGGAUAUUGAUGCUGACAGGGCCAGAAAUCUUUUAACGAAAUGCAUGAAAUUUGAUCCAUACAACAUGCACGUUAUACUGUAUGAACUUUCAGAAAAAUUGCAACCUUGACAUAGUUGAACAGCAUUUAGGCAUAAAGUAGAGAUACAUUUAACAUUGCUACCGUAACAAGAUCAGUCUGUGCUUUGUUAUGCACACUUAAACGGAACAAUACAAAAUUGUUUCCUCUACAUUAGUUAAGAUCUGCAUGUUUGCACCAUAAAAAAAAAUAAAAAAAAUAAAGCUCCGUCAAACUCCUUAAAAAGGUUUAACUAUGUCAUCAGGUGCUUUUAAAUUACUUUGAUCCACGCAAGUUAUGGAAGACUAUGAAAUUUUGUCCUGCAAGCACAAAGGAAAUCAGCGUAUCUGCAUGAUCAAAGCUCUGCCUUAACAUGGUCAAGCUCUGUGUGAUGACAAUAAAAUGUAAAAACUUUGGGCCCUGACUGCCUUCCUCACCAUUUGUACAGUACAUGUAUGAAUUAGAAUAAAGUAAUAGACUGACCUGAAAGUUUGCAUUUAUGAGUAGGAAAGAUAAUUACAAGACUGUGUGCGCAAUGUAUUUUUUUUACAUCAACAUCUGCAAAAUUAUGCAUAAAGAGACGUUUUCUAAACUCGUACAAUAUUUCUGGCAUGACUUGAAUAAACCAGUAAGAACUAGUUCCAUGGAAAGCAGCAAAUAUGAAUGAAUAUCACAGCACUUAAUCCCACAACUGACUAAUCAGAAUCAAGCUCUCUAGAUGAAUAACCUAUAAGAACAAAGACAACAGAAAACAGUUAUUGACCCCAUCAUCAUUAUAGACGAAUGUUCUUGUUUAAAUAAGCUCAUCAUGUUCGCUGUUGUGAUCUUUAAGUGUUUAAAUCAUAGGGUUUUUCGUUUGGGUGUAAUAACAACAUAGUGCCUGGUUGGUCGUUUUGCACAUCUGCACCAUUUCAGUUUGAAAUGUUUUGGCACAGUUCUGCAAUAUCUAGUUUCACAAUGAUCAAAGACGUUUGAAGGAAUUUCAGGAGAAGAAGAUUAGCAUUCUGCAAAAAACCUUGGCUGACUUCAAUGGGUCACGAGGGUGAAAACUCAUUUGUAUUAACUCCAGCUGCACAAUCCAAACAAACCUUUACAAAACAAAUCUUUCACCAUACAUGUAAAAUCCUAACUGAUUCUCAAAAGAAAAGCAUAUAGAACAGGAGAUAGACAGUUUAAAUCCUAAUUUUUUUUUAGACAAAGGCUUUUCUGUCCCAUAAUCACACCUAAAUAAAUACAUUUUAAACAUGAAUAUAAACAUAAAAUAUCACUAUCUGCUAAUAACACAUCUUAGCAAGAUGAUAUUUUAAUUUUCAAUUUAAUUUGAUUAUUUUUUUUGUUUUUAUAAUUCAGAUAUGAGCUCUGUUGUUUUAUUGUUUGGGGGAAGCAAACCAAAUAAUGUGUGAAAUAUUUUAAUAUAAUUUUGUUUAUUUAAAUAAAGAAAAUUAUAUUAAAAUGUUUCACAUAUAGUUUUUAAAUAUUAUAUGGUAUAACUGAUUAAGUAAAAAAAAACAAAAAAAAAAAAAAACAGCAAAAUAAAUUUCAUCCAUGUUUUUGCUACCACCUUCUGGUCUGUUAAGGUUAUAACUUAGGUUUGUUUAAAAAUGACUGUUCCUUUUUAAAUCUGCUGUCCAAAUACUGCUGUAUGUGAAAAAACAAACCUCAAGGCAGAUAAAUAAAUGGAGAGACAACUCAAAAGAAUGCUUCAUGUGUGUUAUAUUGUAGUGCUACAAACAAACCUU